AUGCCCUCGGUAGACGUUUCUUUGGCGAGGUCGCUGCGGCCUACAUCCUGGGAAUUGGCCAGAAGCGCCCUGGCCCAAGGAUUCACCCAAGCCUUGACAGGAAGAAGCAUCAUAGCGGAUACAGAAAACAAAAUAGCUGAUGUCAAGACUGCGUUUUCCAGCUGGGACAAAUGCAUGAAGGCCUCAUUUUGCAAGUGGCCCGUCAUCGCCAUCAUCGUCAUUGGCGGACUCGUACUUUUCAGCAUCCUCUGGUGCAUCGCUCGAUGCGCUUGCUGCGGCUUGUCCUGUUGCUGUAGCUGCUUCCAAUGCCUCAAAUGCUGCGGCAACUGCUGCGGCUGCUUCGAGCCUCGUGGAGCCCGCAAGGGCCAAUACCUCGAGGAGCCGUACAUUCCGCCCAAUCAAGGAUACCAAACAGGAGCCCCGAUGCAGGCGCGCUUUGCUCCUCCCGUGACGCAAGCACAGUUGCCUCCUCCAGCGCCCACCACCAACUUUGAACCCCCGCAGUACGCCGAGUUUGACGCGUCGAAAAAGGGAGCCGAGGACUCUUUGCCUCAUAUGCCAAGCUGGGAACAAGCCGAGUCCAAAAGGGUCGCUGUGGAAGAAGCGGUCGAAAUGUCCAACUUGGAAAAGUCGGCCACGUUUCGCGGCGACCGGCAACGCACGCAGCAUCAUCCGUCUCCCGAGCCGGUGAGCCCUUUGAGCCAGAAGAGCAUGACGUACGGAAAUCAGCCUUAUGGUGGUGGCCUCGCAGCCGGAUCUAGCGGCUACUUUUCCAACCACAGUCAGCAAGGCCUGGUGCCUGAUGCUCAGGCUCCAGGAUACGGAGUUUCCAGUCACAGCCAGCAAGGUUUGGUGCCUGGUGCUCAAGUUCCAGGAUAUGCAGUUGCCAGUCACGGCCAGCAAGGCCUGGUGCCUGGUGCCCAUGUUGCGGGAUAUGGCCAGUCAGGACGGGGAAAUUCACCCGCGAAUGAAUACGACCGCGUCUACAACAAUAGGCUCAACAACACGAGCCAUGAAUCAGUUGGCUUUGGUCUGGAUGAGCCGUACGACGAUCACGUAUCCAUUUCCAGCGCCAACACGCAAAAUUUUGCAGGCCACACAACCCAGGCAUAUGGCGCUCCCUUGCACCAACCUCAUGAGACCGUCUCCAGCCAACCCUACGGUGCCACCGGGGGCGCGGUAUUGAGACAGCAAACAAUCAGUCCCCUUGAUCCGAUGUACGGGCUUCCUCCAGCCUCAUCUGCAGCCAUGGGACCCGGUGGCCGCCAAUCUCCAGCACCGACGCAAGCUCAAGGCAAGCAGACGUGCGGACAGGAUCAAAUUCAUGAGCGCUUCAUCGAGAUGCCUGCCAUGCCGCAAGGCCAAAGCAACGGCGAUGGCUGUUUGCAGACGCAGCGGGCUCAGAUUUCACCCGUUAGCCCUGCCGCGCCCGUGGAGUUGGUAGGCAGCGCCUUUCCCCAGGCCUAUGGCCUCGGAAGAUCUCCUGCUGGGCAGGUUGGCUCCCCAGUGCAUGGCGAGCUGGCAGGCAGCACAGCCCCCCAGGCCUACGGCCUCCGAAGUCCUCCUGCGGGAGACAACGCUUCCCCAGCGCAUAGCGAGUUGGCAGGCAGCACGCCCUCCGAGGCCUUUGUGAGGAAUGGAAUCCCAGUGCAUGGCGAGCUGGCAGGCAGCACACCGACCCAGGCCUACGGCCUAAGCAGAACUCCUACCGGGGAGGUUGCUCCCCCGGCGCUUGGCAGGCCGCCGCACGGCAUGAAUUCCCGCACGAGAAACCCAACGGGGCCAGGACCUUCACCCGGACCUCGAGGUGGCGGUCCUCACGGUCGUGAUCGUCCCCCAAGAGGUUCUCCGGCGGCCCGAAACGACGAGGGUUAUGGCCGGCCCUCUCAGCCACCAAGGAAUCUCGUGGUGAGUACCAGGAGCUACUCCCCAGCUCCUCCGCGCCAACUUGCGCCUGGCUCGGAGCCUCGCUUCUCUCCUGGACCUGAGCGUCAACUCUCUGCAGCUUCUGAUGGCCAUCGCGCACCGCAACCACAUCCUGCCUCGAAAGCUGCAUCCCGGACAGGCAAGCCCUUUUGCCAAUCGCCACCGCAAUCUCCCAUCACGAACAAUGCAGGAUUCGACUUCAUCUCGGGAUAUGCCAGACCUCAGGACAGUCAGCCACCUCCGCGCCAAUCGCCAACCAGUGCGGCGUAUCCUGGGCAAAGGGUGUACCAGCCGGGCCAUCUCUAA